GAGAGAGAGAGAGUGAGAGGGAGGGAGAGAGGGAAAAAUAAAGCAGUGAAACAGUUAGACAGAACACCUACUCGGCGUUUACGAAAAAAAAAUAAAAUACGCUCGGCCGUAUUUUAAUAAGUCAAGGACGCGUAUGAUACAUUGUAGCCAGUUCCCUGUGAGGUAAUCACUCCUCUCUAUCCGACCGCUGCUUCCCAUCUUUUUUCUUCUUAAAGAAACCGCUUUUGUAGCGCGCGCGGUGGAUUAAUAAGGUGGAAUCAGAAUUACUCCAAAAUCUUCCCAUGAAACAUUUCUCCCCGAAGCGGAUGAUGCUGCCGCUGCCGCCGCCGCUGACGACGUGUGCCUAAAAAAAAAAAAAAAAAAAAAAAAAGAAAAGUCGGCUUCUCAACUUGCGACCAGACGCCAUUCAUCCAGGUGUAUGUGCCGAGGCGGUAUGCCCCGGGGAAUAGUGCUGACAGUGCACUAGGAGUCUGAACCUUGCCAGUAUUUGCGGCUGAGGAGGAGAGGUGCCGAGCUGUGCCGUGCCGAGCCGUGCCGUCCUGUGCCGCGCUGUGCUUGACGCCAUGUCCGUGACUGACAAACACAAAGUGAAGAGGCAGAGGCUAGACCGGAUCUGCGAAGGUAAACUUAUGAGUAUUCGGCCUCAAAUCAUGAACGGGCCAAUGCAUCCGCGCCCCUUGGUGGCGCUGCUGGACGGGCGCGACUGCACCGUGGAGAUGCCCAUCCUGAAAGACUUGGCGACUGUCGCCUUCUGCGAUGCUCAGUCCACGCAGGAGAUACAUGAGAAGGUGCUCAACGAAGCAGUGGGAGCCAUGAUGUACCACACUAUCACCCUCACCAGAGAGGACCUGGAGAAGUUUAAAGCCCUGCGCAUCAUUAUACGCAUCGGCAGCGGAUACGACAACAUCGACAUCAAGGCUGCUGGAGAGCUGGGCAUUGCUGUGUGUAACAUUCCCUCGGCAGCUGUGGAGGAGACGGCAGACUCCACCCUGUGCCACAUCCUCAACCUUUACCGGCGAAACACCUGGCUCUACCAGGCUCUCCGGGAGGGCACGCGGGUCCAGAGCGUGGAACAGAUCCGCGAGGUGGCGUCCGGCGCCGCCCGCAUCCGUGGCGAAACCCUUGGCCUCAUCGGCUUUGGUCGUUCGGGUCAGGCGGUGGCGGUGCGCGCCAAGGUUUUCGGCUACAACGUCAUCUUCUACGACCCUUACCUGCAGGACGGCCUGGAGCGCUCGCUGGGCGUCCAGCGCGUCUACACCCUGCAGGACCUGCUCUACCAGAGCGACUGCGUCUCCCUGCACUGCAACCUGAACGAACACAACCACCACCUCAUCAACGACUUCACCAUCAAACAGACAAAGAUAAGAACAACACAACUUUGGUUACCCUUGCUCCUGUGUCUUUUAUUCAAUAUUUUAUCAUCAUUUGUCCUUUUCUCCAUUUUUCUCACCCUCUAUGUGUAUGUGUUUGUGUGUUAUAGUUUUGCUCAGGGCCCACUGAAAGACGCUCCAAACCUGAUCUGCACACCUCACACAGCCUGGUACAGUGAGCAGGCCUCUCUGGAGAUGAGGGAGGCAGCCGCCACCGAGAUCCGAAGAGCCAUCACCGGCCGUAUCCCUGACAGCCUAAGAAACUGCGUCAACAAGGAGUUCUUUGUCACCACGGCACCGUGGGCAGUUAUGGAUCAGCCAGGCGUCCACCCUGAGCUCAACGGCGCCGCCUACAGAUACCCACCGGGCGUAGUUGGAGUGGCUCCAGGUGGCAUCCCUGGGGCGUUAGAGGGCAUGGUGCCAGGUGGGGUGCCCAUCGCCCACACACUGCCCUCUGGUACACACCCCUCCCAGGCCCCGUCGCCCAACCAGCCCUCCAAACACGGCGAGACCAGAGAGCAUCUCACCGAGCAAUAGCAGCAGAAGGGAUACAAACGACAACAUCUCAUCCGACGUGUCGACACUCAGAACCAACCAAUCGCAAAGCAACCGACCAACUGGGACCAAGAGACAGUGAAACAACACAAGCGGCCGACUGUUAAGUCCGUCAGCAACUGGGAACAAAGGACGUGUUCCGGGGAAUUUGUACUUUUAAUGUUUUAGUUUCUACUCUCUGUCUCUUUGGGUUCAGUACCGACUUUACUCUUUGAUGAUGCUGAUGGUUUUUUUUUGUUUUUUCUUCGGGACAUGCCUAUGAUUGUGGACACAGUCGAGUGUUUUUAGCGCUGCGGGAUUACCCGAUGAGACUCUGUCCCGCCCCGUACACUUCAGAGCUCAUGGGAAACGUAGGCCCACAUCUCAACACACCAAUGGGCGAACAAGAGAAAAAAACUUUGGCAUCAUGUGCUACUGGACCUUACCCCCCCCAACUUCCUCCUGACCCUCCCCACCUUUCCUUCACCCAGCUCCAGCCCUCCUUAUGUAACUAAUGUGUGUUGUUUAGCCCCCUCAUUAUGCCUCACAAGAGAAUUAUUGUUUUUUUUUUUCUUUCAAUCUUCUGUGUGAAUGACUAAAAAUGGAUUACUAUAUAUAUUUAUCAUUCGUCAAACAAAAAAAGUUCUAGUAAUCUAGUGUGGGUUUUAACCCUUUCCUGGCAAUAAUGCAGCUGUUGCAGUUAGAGGAUUUCACCACUUGAGGGCACUUAUAAUUAUACAGUGUGGGGGAUUUCUUCUGCACUUGUGACUGUUGAGACCAUAAGUUGCGCCGAUACAUGUCGUGAGUAUUUUUUUUACGCUGUAAACACUAAACAAACAUUCACUUUAUACAUUUGAUUGUAACUGAAUUUUGACAUUAAAUGGAUUUAGAGGGAGCUGCCAGCUGAAGUAUUUAACUUUCCUCUUUAAUUAAGAGGAUGUUGACGUGUCUGUGUGACUGAAGAAGGAAACAUUUUUUAGAAUCUUAAAAAGUAAGUUUGGUGCGACGCAUCUGAGUCUUCUGUUGUCAAACGGACAUUUCUGAUGACAGCUAAUCGAAACCUUAGUGGCAGCAGCGCACAGAUUGUGACACCCCCCCCUCCUCUCUUCUUUGAGCACAUUUCACACUGAAGACAGGAAAGGGUUAAAGCAAACUUACUUUCAUUAAUGACUCAGGAAAACACUUUUUUGCAGAUAUCAUUUAUUCCCAGAAUUGUCUUUGACGAAAAAAAAAAAAGCUAAGACUAAUGUGGUUUGUCUGGAUAUUUUCUCUCCUCCCUCGUCCUCUCCAUUGUGGUAUUUUUAUAUACAAGGCGCAUCCCACGUUUUUUGGUGUUAAAGAGUUUUGAAGAGUCCUGUUAGAUUUGUAUUGCCUAGUUAAAUGUUCCUAUAACCAUAGUCCUAUGUGAUCCACCCUCUCUCUUCUCUCCUUAUAUUUUUUGUUCAAUUGAAGGCCAGGUUCUUUGGGGCGUCCUGUACUCUGUAAGAGCAAUAGCAGAAACUCCUUAGUGUCCCAACAAUAGCAGAAGAGGCAGCCAGCAGUACGUUUUUGUUUUUAGUGUGAGUAUUUGUAUUUGUUUCUUGUACAAGGUGAACAUUUAGCAUUCAGUGCAGUUCAAAUAAAAGAUAUGAUUCUGAGAA